UGGGAUGCUAUCACAGAGAUGGAUGAGCAGAACAGACCUAUUCACACCUUUCAGGUUUGCCAUGUAAUGGAGCCAAACCAGAACAACUGGCUGCGGUCUGGAUGGAUCCAGCGGCAGGCUGCACAGAGGGUAUAUGUUGAGCUGCGUUUCACGCUGAGAGACUGCAACUCCAUUCCUUGGGUGUCUGGUACCUGUAAGGAAACCUUCAACCUCUUUUACCUGCAGACUGAUGAGCCACUCCCUGCUACAACACGGUUUCGGCCUUCUGACUAUGCCAAGGUGGACACCAUUGCGGCAGAUGAAAGUUUCACACAGACAGAUCUUGGAGAUCGUGUCCUUCGUCUCAAUACAGAGGUCAGGGAGGUGGGGCCAGUGACACAGAAGGGCUUCUAUUUGGCCUUCCAGGAUGUGGGAGCUUGUAUUGCGCUUGUGUCUGUCAAGGUGUUCUACAAACGCUGUCCAUCGACUUUAAGGAACCUGGCAGCUUUUCCUGACACAGUGCCACAUAUGGACUCAUCCUCUCUGGUGGAAGUGAGGGGUGCAUGUGUGGAGAAUGCAGAAGAGAGAGACACACCCAAAUUGUACUGUGGUGCUGACGGAGACUGGCUGGUACCACUGGGCCGCUGUGUCUGUAGUAUUGGCCAUGAGGAGAUGGAUGGCUACUGCCAGGCUUGUAAGCCGGGCUUCUUCAAGGCGUAUGCGGGGAACACUAAAUGUUCUAAGUGUCCUCCACGUAGCUCCAGCUAUGACCAGGCCGCCACCAUCUGUCACUGCGACAAAGGUUUCUACAGGGCUAUCAAAGACUCCUCCACCAUGGCUUGCACAAGGCCCCCAUCAGCUCCCAGGAACCUGGUCUCAUUGAUCAAUGACACAGCUCUCUUGCUGCAGUGGAUGCCUCCUAGUGAUACGGGAGGCAGGAAGGACAUCACUUACAACAUUCUGUGCCAGCGCUGUGGUGCCAGUGACAGCAGCAUGACACAGUGUGAGCCAUGUGAGCCGGACCUGCGGUUCGUCCCGCGACCCCUCGGUCUGACCGGUACCUCUGUGGCAAUACUAGAUUUCGCAAUGCACGCCAACUACACCUUCCAUGUAGAGGCUGUGAAUGGCGUCUCUAGUCUGGGCGUCGCCACACGCUCGCUGGCAAAUGUCACCGUUAAUACACACCAAGUUGGUCCUGCUCUGGUGGGUGUAGUCAGGAAAGACUGGGCCUCUCAAAACAGCAUCGCCCUCUCCUGGUCACAAGUGGAACAGCUGCCCUCUGAUAUUGUGGACUAUGAAGUCAAAUACUAUGAGAGGGAGCAAGAGCAGCUGAGCUACUCAUCAACGCGGACCAAAAUCCCCAGCGUGGUGGUAACAGGCCUCAGACCCUCGACUGUCUACGUCUUCCACGUGCGCGUUCACACCGCUGACGGCUACACAGCCUACAGCCCCAACUUUGAGUUUGCCACCGCAGCUGAGGAUCCUGAUAUCGCUGAUCAGGGUCAAGUUCUGGUGGUCGUCACAGCAUCUGUAGGAGGCUUCUCACUGUUGGUCAUCCUUACCCUCUUUCUCCUCAUCACUGGCAGGUGCCAGGGGUACAUUAAAGCCAGGAUGAAGUCAGAGGAGAAGAGGAGGACUCGCUUCCACAGUGGACAUGUCCCAUUCUCUGGGAUUAAGACCUAUGUGGAUCCAGACACGUAUGAAGACCCCACUCAGGCUGUGGAGGAAUUCACCAAAGAAAUUGACCCUUCAUACAUAUGCAUCGAGAGGGUGAUUGGUGCUGGUGAAUUCGGAGAAGUCUGUAGCGGACGGUUGCGCAUACCUGGAAGGAUGGACAUCGCUGUGGCUAUAAAGACACUUAAAGGCGGCUAUAUGGAACAGCAGAGGCGAGACUUUUUGCGUGAGGCUUCAAUCAUGGGACAGUUUAACAACCCAAACAUCAUCAGGCUGGAGGGUGUGGUGACCAAAAGCAGACCAGUAAUGAUAGUGGUUGAAUACAUGGAAAAUGGAGCACUUGAUUCUUUCCUCCGGACACGUGACGGUCAGUUCACAGUGCUCCAGCUGGUUGGCAUGUUGCGCGGCAUCGCAGUGGGCAUGACCUAUCUGUCAGACAUGGGUUACGUUCACAGAGACCUAGCUGCUCGCAACAUCUUGGUGGAUGAGAACUUGGUGUGUAAGGUGUCUGAUUUUGGCAUGUCCAGAAUCCUCGAGGAUGACAGUGAAGCGGCCUACACUGCUACAGGAGGAAAGAUCCCAAUACGCUGGACAGCACCAGAAGCUAUUGCUUACGGAAAAUUUUCCUCGGCUAGUGAUGUGUGGAGUUAUGGCAUUGUCAUGUGGGAGGUGAUGUCGUAUGGUGAAAGGCCCUACUGGGAGAUGUCCAAUCAAGAUGUCAUUUUAUCAAUUGAAGAAGGCUACCGUCUGCCAGCACCAAUGGGCUGCCCCGUGACACUGCACCAGCUGAUGUUGCACUGCUGGCAAAAGGAGUACAGCCAGCGACCACGUUUCAACAACGUGCUCUCUUUUCUGGACAAACUCAUAGUCAAUCCCAGCAGCCUGCUCACUUUGGUGAAUGAUGUUCAGAGUUUCCCCGACUCCCCAGAGGACAUGCCAGACUACCCUCUUUUCAUCUCCAUCGGCGACUGGCUCGACUCCAUCAAGAUGAGCCAGUACAAGAACAACUUCCUUGCAGCAGGAUACACAACACUGGAUUCCAUUUCAACUAUGAGUAUAGAUGACAUUAGGCGCAUCGGGAUCUGUUUGAUUGGUCACCAGAGGAGAAUCAUAAGCAGCAUACAGUCUCUCCGCCUGCAGCUUCACCACAUCCAACAGAGUGGCUUUCAAGUGUGAGACCAUUGCACAAGGACAGACUGUGUGUGUGUGUGUGUGUGUGUGUGUGUGUGUAUACACACGGAGCUGGAGACCACCAGCCUGUUAGGUGUAGCAGGUGCCACACGCUGCUCAUGCGAGAGCGGGCUGCUGCUAGGCCACAUCUGGGUCUAGUUAAUACACACUCAUCAUCUUAUGGAUCAUCGUCAAUACAGCCUCCACAACAACCAACCUCUGUCGGCGUUGGCCAAAAUGCGGUCUCUUUGUUAUCUCAGCAAAUACUAGCAUUCACUUGAAUUUAGGACUUAUUUUCUCUAGUGUCUAUUCAAGUGUUCACCGAUACCUCUUCUCUUUCCAAGUGACAAUCCAAUGGUUUCUAUUGACUUUGAAUGGUCUCAAGUCUUGUUACCUCAUGACCAGAGAGUAUCUGGAUAGGACAUGGUAAUGUGUGGUACAGUAUGUGAGUAGAAGAACAACCUUUCCAGCUGGUUAAUGAAACAAUUCACCAGAAAUAAAGAUUUACAGAACGGUAUAUACAAUGUUUUUUGAACUGAAGACCGCUGAAUGUCAAAAGAUUUUAUAGAGAUAUAUGUUCUAUCCUCAUGAUAAUGCAGUAUGUCUUGUACAAAAAGUCUUGUGAAAGUUGUAUGUUUUAUUCAGUAUGUUUGUUCCUUAAUA